AUGGAAGGAGAGGAAGUGAGCAACAAACAGAUAAUUCUGAAGGACUACGUGAUUGGAUUUCCCAAAGAGUCAGACAUGAUUCUCAAGACGAGUACUAUCAAAUUGAAGGUUCCAGAAGGUUCUAAUGCUGUUCUGUUGAAGAAUCUCUACCUUUCUUGCGAUCCCUACAUGCGAAAUCGCAUGAGGAAGAUGGAAGGGAGCUACGUCGAGUCCUUCAUUCCUGGUUCGGUAAGNUCGCAUGAGGAAGAUGGAAGGGAGCUACGUCGAUUCCUUCAUUCCUGGUUCGGGCUUUUCCGACCCAUUGACAUCUCAUGGAACUUCUUAACAAGACACUCAUGGAGACUUCAUUCAAUGCCUAUAACUGGAUAUGGAGUGGCCAAAGUUGUGGAUUCUGGGCAUCCAAACUUCAAAAAAGGUGACUUGGCUUGGGGGAAAACUGGAUGGGAAGAGUACAGUCUCAUUCCAACUCCAGAGGUUUUUUUCAAAAUUGGACAUACAGAUGUGCCACUUUCCUACUAUACAGGAAUUCUAGGAAUGCCUGGAAUGACUGCUUAUGUUGGCUUUUAUGAGAUUUGCUCUCCUAAGAAAGGAGAGUAUGUCUUCAUUUCAGCAGCAUCUGGAGCAGUUGGCCAGCUUGUUGGGCAGUUCGCCAAAUUGAUGGGCUGCUAUGUUGUUGGAAGUGCUGGAACCAAAGAAAAGGUUGAUCUGUUGAAGAACAAAUUUGGGUUUGAUGCGGCUUUUAACUAUAAAGAGGACCAAGAUUUAGACGAAGCUUUGAAAAGGUACUUUCCCAAUGGCAUCGAUAUCUACUUUGAGAAUGUUGGAGGAAAGAUGCUUGACGCAGUACUCUUGAACAUGAGAAUCCAUGGUCGCAUUGCUGCAUGUGGGAUGAUCUCACAGUACAACCUUGAACGGCCUGAAGGAAUUCACAACUUGUUCUGUCUUAUUCUAAAACGGAUCCGUUUGGAAGGAUUCAUAGUUAAUGAUUAUUAUCACCUUUAUCCCAAGUUCCUGGACAUGAUUCUACCUUACAUAAAAGAGGGGAAGAUUGAAUAUGUGGAAGAUAUAGCUGAAGGCAUUGAACGUUCCCCGGCAGCUUUGGUUGGGCUCUUCUCCGGCCGCAAUGUUGGGAAACAGGUCGUGGUUGUUGCUCAUGAAUGAUGCACUUCACUUCACUACAAGUUCCUUGGCGUUGUCGUUUGAAAUAGUACACUCCAUGGCAUGUGCUUUUUCAUGAUUGUACUACUGCGUUUGGUAAACAAUAAUAUUUUUGUAUCAUAGUAUACUAGGAUGAACUUAGAAAUUGAAUGGAAUAUGCAUUUCCAUCUAAUGUAUAACAACAAUUAGUAUCAUGUAUUGGAAUAGAAUUGAAAAUCUAUUCAAUUCAAAUAUUUGGAUGCUUUUGAUGACAUUC